UCGCGUAGAGAAAUACAAAGUUACCUAAAGGCCGCCAUGAACAGUAGGCCUUUUUACCACCUUUUGUUUUCAGCUUGCUUAUGUAAUAUUUGUCUCACUGCAGAUUUUUACACAAAUAAUUGGGCUGUUCAGUUGGCGGGGACUUCCGCCGAGUCUGUUGAGAGGAUUUCAAGAAAAUAUGGAUUUAUCAAUAUGGGAAAAAUAUUUACAGACAGCAAUUACUAUCACAUGAAGCAAAGGGCAGUGUUAAAGCAGUCGUUUCAAACUCACUUGCACAGUGUGCGACUGAGGAAGGAUCCAAUGAUUAUCUGGUUUGCACAGCAGUCAGGAAAGUCCAGGAAGAAACGACACUCAUUCAUACCCCCCAGUGAUCCUUUAUUCCAUAAGCAGUGGCAUCUGAGUGAAUCAUUUGGUCACAAUAUUGUGGCAGCAUGGACUCGUGGGUACACAGGCAAGGGUGUGGUUGUGUCAGUACUGGAUGAUGGGAUUGAGAAAAACCACCCCGAUCUUGCUGGAAAUUAUGAUCCUGCAGCUAGCUAUGAUAUUAAUGACAUUGAUCCAAACCCUGACCCACAUCGUACACUUUACAAAAGGAACAGGCAUGGAACGAGAUGCGCUGGACAGAUUGCAUCUGUAGCAAAUAACAGUGUGUGUGGUGUCGGUGUGGCAUAUCACGCUAAAAUCGGAGGUAUACGGAUGUUGGAUGGGGAUGUGACCGACUUGAUAGAGGCCAAAUCUCUCAUCUUUAAUCAGCAUCACAUUGACAUCUACAGCAGCAGUUGGGGCCCACCAGACACUGGUUCAGUAGUAGAUGGGCCAGGGUUGCUGUCUCAGGAGGCCCUCAUCAGAGGAGUGAGCCAGGGCCGUGGCGGCCUGGGUUCCAUUUUCAUUUGGGCCUCUGGGAAUGGUGGCAUGAACAUGGACAACUGCAACUGCGAUGGUUAUGUCAACAGCAUAUACACAGUGGCCAUCAGUAGCACCACAAAUAGGGCAGAUGUGCCCAGCUACAGUGAACCCUGUGCAGCAGUGCUGACCACAACUUAUAGCGGGGGUAAUGGCAACCAAGAGAGAAUUGUGACAACAGACCUGAAUGGGGCUUGUACCACUGACCACACUGGAACAUCAGCUUCAGCCCCCUUAGCAGCUGGGAUCAUCGCUCUGGCUUUAGAAGCAAACCCCACACUUACCUGGCGUGAUGUGCAACACCUAGUUGUACGAGCAUCCAGACGCCACAAUCUGAAGGCAGAAGACUGGACAGUGAAUGGAGCAGGGAGAAAUGUCAGCCAUUACUAUGGGUAUGGACUUUUGGAUGCUGGAAAGUUGGUGGGUUUGGCCAGAAAUUGGAGUGCAGUGAAUUCACAGAAGAAGUGCCAGCAUGUGAUUCUCAAAUAUAUGCCCGUCAAGAUUGGCCAUUAUCUCCGCAUCAGUUGGAAUGAGACAGCGUGCAGAUGGGAUAGGAAUCGCAUCAGGUCCUUGGAGCAUGUUCAGGCACAGCUCUCAUUGAAACAUGUGCAUCGUGGAGACCUCACCAUCACACUUUUAUCUCCCGCAGGAACUCCCUCCAACCUGCUCACCAGGAGACAUUUUGAUCGAUCCAGCGCUGGAUUCUCUGGUUGGAACUUCAUGAGCACCAGAUGCUGGGAUGAAGAUCCCACUGGAGUCUGGUCACUCAUAAUAAGAAAUACUGGCGACCGCCACAACAUCGGGGAGUUAACACAUUUGCACAUUAACCUUUAUGGCACUGAUGAACAUAUAUUUGGACGGCGCAUGGAGCGGACGAUGAUCCAUCAGUGUACUGUGAGGAAUAACAAUGGAAGCUGCAAAGACUGUCCCUACCCACUGUACAUCUUUGAGAACAUCUGUGUGGUGGCCUGUCCUCCCCACUUCUACGAGUUGGACAGCAACAGCAGCACGUAUCCCCAGCGCCACUGCCUGCCGUGCCACCGCAGCUGUGAGACCUGCAGUGGCCCUGAGGGGACCCACUGCCUGGACUGUCCCCCUCACUCCACCUUCAACCCCCAGCUGGGCAUGUGCAGCUCUCCCAACUACAGGUGCAGGAGAGCAUGAACCGCACAACAGCAGUGUUGGGCAUCAUGAUCGGGGAGCCCAUACUGGUUCUGUGCUUGAUGACAGUGGUGGCGUGGCUGAGGAGCAGAACGUUCACCCCCCGCCUCAGCCAGGUGACCUCAGCAGCACCGCAGCUCAGAAACCUGGCCGACAGUGUCAGAAACAGCAUUACCAGCAGGAGCACCCAUGAGCCCUCGGAUAUGGAGAUGGUCAUUGUAAGUGUGACGGAGGACCAGGCAGCAAGACCUGGCCAGAGCACAACUCUCAGUGGCCUCCUUGAGGAGAGAAGACAGGCUUGACUUAUUCUAGUUUAUGGCAAUUAACAAACAAAGUGUUUUUUUGUAGCGGUGCCGUUUUUUCUUUGGUGCUGGAGUGUUUUUAUUGUCUAC